AUGCCCAGACGGAAACACCAAUCGGACUCGGACGACAAGCAGCGGAAAAGGCGGCGUGAAGAGAGCGGACGCGAACGCGAAAGGAGGGCACGUCGGCGCAGCGAAGACAAAAAGCGAAAAAGACAUGACGCGGACGAGCGGCAUAAAGACCACAAGCAUCACCGCCGAUCACCCAGCCCAGACCGAGAUGCCCGCCAUCCUUCCAAACGACCGCCGGUGAAGGACGAUCGAGACGGCCACCUUGUUUGGCAAGCCGGUGACUACAUCGAGCCGAGCGACGGGCAGUCUGGCAGCUACAAGAUCGUCCGCAAGCUCGGUGAGGGCACCUUUGGCAAAGUGGUCGAGGUGGAGAGCAAGGGCGACAAGAAGUACGCGCUGAAGAUCGUGCGCAACAUAUCCAAAUAUCGCGAGGCCGCCGAAUGUGAGAUCAAGAUUUUGAAGGACGUGCUCCGGCUCGAUCCGGAAGGGAAAUCAAUGGUGAUUCGGCUCACGUCCUCGUUCGACUACCACGGGCACGCCUGCCUGCUCUUCCCGCUGCUUGGCCUGUCCGUUUUCGACUUUUUGAAGUCGAACGACUACCUGCCGUUUCCGAUGGAACACGUCCGACAUAUGGGACGACAGCUGACGGAAGCCGUCGCGUUUCUUCAUCGAAACCGGUUGACGCACACUGAUUUGAAGCCGGAGAACCUUGUGCUGUGCUCGUCAAAGUUCCGAAAUGAGCGGGACGAGAACGGGAAGCGGCGCAGAGUGCUCGACAACCCCGACGUCAUUCUGAUCGACUUGGGCGGCGCGACGUACGAGGACCAAUAUCACACGCUCGUCGUCAGCACUCGGCAUUACCGAGCGCCGGAAGUCGUGCUCGAGCUGGGCUGGUCGUAUCCUUGCGACGUCUGGAGCAUCGGUUGCAUCCUGUUUGAGAUGUACACCGGGGCUACGAUAUUCCAGACGCAUGACUCACGCGAACACUUGGCAAUUAUGGAGCGUACCCUGGACGCUCCAAUGCCUGAGCAUAUGGCGCUCAAGUCGAAGACGAAGCACUACAAGGACGGUCGCCUCGAUUGGGACGCUAAUUCGCCGGACUCGCGCUACGUCCGCGACAAGUGCCAUCGACUCCGGUACCACAUGCGUGGCCACACACCCGAUGACGCUCACCUAUUCGAGCUAAUAGAGUUGAUGCUCAAGUAUGACCCGACGACACGGAUACGGCUGGACGAUGCUCUGAAACAUCCAUACUUCGAGGUCAAACACCCGCAAAACGGAAGUCUCCAC